AUGAGAGCUGUGCAUUUUAAGACCAAAUAUAUCCGCUCUGAUCCCUGCACUUGUACAAGUGUUUAUAGUGAAGCUGUCAACAAAAAACAUUCGCGUCUACACAGCAAGAAAUUCAAUAAAGAAAUUGAUUCUAUACCUACUACAAUAGAAUCGAAAGCAAUUAAAGCUAAACGAUGUGUUUGCGAGUGCAACAUUGUAAGAAAACCAAACAAAUCUCUUCAGCGAUUAAAAAAUGCUAAAGAGAAAGUUACAAGGAGUAUCAAAGGUAGUAUCUCCAAAAUUGAAAACACAAUCAGGGUAAAGAGAGAUUCAAUAAUUAUGUUUCGAAAUAAGUUAAGAAGGAAACGAGCAUUGAAAAAAUACGAAUGUGAACCAAGUUAUUGCAUCCCUGAAGAAUGUGCUCCUCCAAAAUGUUAUGAAAAAAUUAAAACACGACUUAAUGAUAUCAAAAGUGACAUCAAAAGAUCAUAUCACGAUUUACGAGCAAUAGGUUCCGGAAUAUCUUUUAGGAAAGCUCCCAAGUAUGAAAUAGAACCAUUUUGUGAUCCAGAGGCAUGUGAACCUCCUAAGUGCUAUGAAAAAUUUAAGACACAACUAAAUGAUAUGAAAAGUAACAUUAAAAGGUCAUUUCAUGAUUUACGAGCGAUCGGUUCUGGUAUAUCUUUUAAAAGAUCUAAGAAGGAGGAAUUAGAACCGUAUUAUUGCCUUCCGGAAGACUGCGACCCUCCAAAAUGCUAUGAAAAAAUUAAAAUGCGGCUAAAUGAUAUCAAAAGUGAUAUUAAAAAGUCGUAUCAUGAUUUAAGAGUAAUAGGUUCCGGGAUUUCUUUCAAGAGGACUCCGAAGAAGGAAAAAGCAGCUAGCAAACGAAAAUCUAAACCUGUAAUUUGUACAUGCGAAGCUGAAGCAGAGCCUGCUGUACCCACGGAGAAUUACGAACACGAGAAGUCAAUUUGGUCUCGGAAAAGGAAAACUAGUCCAAGUGUAAAACGAAACGGACUGGUUAUCAAUAUAGAACCAUCAGUUUUAUCUAAGAAAAAAACAACUAAGCCUAAAUCUCCACGUAAUGUUUGUGAAUGUGACAAAGAAGAACAAAGCAAAACACCAGUUUCACCUACUUACGAAUUGGGGCGAUAUACAUUCCCUUCUACAGAUAGGAAAUUCCCAAGAGAAUGCGAAGCCUCAAUGUGUAUACCGGGUGAAUGUGAUUAUAGAAAAUGUGCGGAAAUAUUAAAGGCACAGUCACAAACCUCAAGCACACAUAUUUCUCAAAAGUCUGUGGGUUCUGGUACAAUGAAACAUAAACAACAAAGUCAAUCAAUAGAUGUGAAUGAACAACAUACCAAAAGUGAAAAUAUUGAACCUAAAAGACAAGUAGUACGCAUAGCCUCUAAUUUUAGUUUUAGUAUCGAAUUUUACAAAGACCAGAAAAACGAAAUUACUGAGCUAGAUAAGCCGCAACAAGAGACAAUCAGAAAAUUUAGGUCAAGAAAUAAAAAAACAGGUUCGAGGAAGACUAAAUUUACCUAUCCCAGGAAAAUUCGUAGCCGAAAUAAAUCUAUUCAAUCAAAUCUGAAACGAUUAUGUUGUAUACCAACGUUUCAUGCUCUACGGCGUUGUUUUUGUACUCUACAGCUCAAAGAUGCGGCAACAUUAGAAAAGUCUACUGUCGGUGACCAAAUCGAAAAAACAACAACGAUUAGCGAUUGUGCCUGUGAACCGAAACCUAAAAAAUCGACACAAACGAAAAAAAAGCCAUUUCCAUGCGAUCCGUACUUUGAUCGCGGAGAAAACUGUGACUCCGCAAUUUGUGAAAAAAGAGUCAGAGACAAACAAGAACAAACUAAAAAUAAGCAUUCAGGACUGAAAGAAAGAAAACGCAAACAUUGUAUAGGGACAACCCCACAACUGACUACUAAGACCUGUGCUAGUCAAUGCAAUAUUUUCUCUAAAUUAAGUUCGAAAUCUUCAGAUCCACGGAGUAAAAAAAUGAAAUUUUCUCAGAAUGAAUUACCGAAGCGUACAGAAUAUCAUAAUGGUAUAGAUGACACUACAAAUAGAAGUGUUGUAAGGAUCGGCUCAAGUUUUAGAUUUAAUAUUGAAUUUUAUAAAGAAACAGAACCUUCGUUUGACGCCACUCCUUUAAAAAAUGAUGAAAAUUUCGAACAUUCUGAUUAUACAAGUAAGCAUCAGAUGAGGCAAAAAUGUCUAAGAACAGCGAAAUGCAGGCACAAUACUACACAGUCGAAAUUAAAUUUGAGUGAUGGAUUUUGUUCAAUGGCUAGUCAAAGUUCUUUUACACAGAAGGAUCAAGAGAUUAACUCCAACAAAGCUGUUAAGAAAAAGCCUGUGAAGAAAGUAUCAAAAACCGUCUGUGAAUGUGAUAUUACUACUCAAACUUCAGCGUCAGGUGCUUAUGUACGACCUCCUGUAUUGCCUCAAUAUUACACUGGUGGUCAAUGCAACGACUUAACGUGUGUGAAGAAAAUCGAUACUCAGAGUCAUACCACAAACGAAUGUAGACAUAGAAAAAAUAAUACUGUAUGUUGCUCAAAAUCACGAUCUAGAUCAAUAAAAACUUUGACUGAUACUGGAUCUAGUAAAAGGCAAAUGAGCCGUGAAACAAAGAUGCUGAAGUCAUUAUCUUCAAAAGAUUUUGCUACAGGACAAGAUACGUCUCAUCAUCGACAAUCUGUGAACAUUGGAUCAAGUUUUAGCUUUAACAUUGAAUUUAGUAAAGACACUAGUUCUACCAAGCAGCACAAUAUUGUGGCUAAUAAAGUAACAAACAAUCACAUUAAACAAAAAUGCAAAGAGUGUGUUUGCAAAGCGAUUGAUGCACCAUCACUACGUCAGCCACAAAUUUGUAAAAAUAAUGAAAGAAAAGAAUAUGGAACAGCAACUAGACGAAAAUCUUAUCGUCCGGUUGCUCGUAAAACGUCAUGUGUUGCUUGCGGACCAGAAAAAAUGGUAUCUGAAAUCAUCGGCACUGAUAUUCAACCUGUUAAAUGCAAAACUCAAAAGACUCAGUCCAACUUUUAUGAGCCUUCGAUAAAAACUAAACAUAAAAAGCAACCAAAAUCUGCAAUGAAAGCUCCAACAAGACAGUUGUUUAUGUCUGAAAUAUACAACACUCAUGUUUACGAUUCAUGUGAAUGUUUACAAUCUAAAAGACCUUUUCUGCGUUCAAGGAAAAAAUCUAUAGUAAUACUUUAUCCGGAAAAGAAUUUACCAUCAAACACCUUUUCUAGCUUUACAAAAAUGCAUAAAGAAGGCUUAAACUUGCAACCAAUGCAGUCCAAGCAGAAAACAAGCAGAAUUAAUAAAAUUAUUACUCACAGAAAGAAGCACAAAUUCAAAGCUACACAAACUAAAGAAAACUGCCUGAAUAAAUCCACCUCAUGUAAAUGUUAUAUCAAUAGACUGAAAAAAAAGGCCAAAGACUCAGUCGAUAACGCUUCUCACUGUUCUACCAAUAUGACUUAUAAGAAAGAACAAUGCAGUCUCCAAAACAAACGAGGAAAACGUAAAAAAGGAAGAAAAAUUGGUCCAAACCCCCAAAAAAUGCAACAAGUAUCUCAAAUGAAAAAAGUUAACAUUCAAAACUUAAGUCAAAUAAGCAAGGAAAGGGCGCAGUCAAAAGACCAAGAAGAUAAAAAGUUAGACGAACAGUGCACAAAGUCCAAGGCAAAUGACGCUACUGUGAAAAGAUCAAGAAUCAUCAGGUGUAUUAUGAGAUUUUCUUUUCUAUCUAAAAAGAAACGUUUCGAUGGGAAUCAAGCUACCCAUACCAGAGACAUCAAUUUGGUUAACAAUCUGAAACCUAACCCAAUAAUAUGUUCCAAUGAGAAAUGCGAAACAGCGAUGAUAGAGACGAUAAUGCCAUAUUGCAAAAAGAAGUUUGUAAAAAAAUGCAGCCGCACUUGUUUGAGCAAGGAAUGCAAAUUACUUAUUAAGUCAACAGCAAAAAAAUAUACUAAAGAUUCGAAGAUUGGUAGUAAAAAUCCGUUGUUUAGUAAAUUAAGCCAAAGAUUGAGUAGGAAAACAAGUGAUUGUAACGAAGUUUGCUUAAAGAAAGCUAAGACAAAUCUGUUGAAAAAUAGUACACCAAGUCAACGACUGACAAAAUCUUUUAUAAAAAAAUAUGUGCCAAGAAAUACCGAAAAUGUCAAACACAUUCAUGACACGUUAGAAAUGAACGAAGGUGCUCUUGAGUGUGAUGGUGUAGCAAUGAAAAGGCCGUGCUGUGUUUGUCCUACUAAGCAAUAUUCUGACACUAAUAAAUUAACAUUCGAGACACAAAUACCCAAAAGAACAAAUCUGGAUAAACCGAAAAACAUCAACCGGACUAAGGUAAACGCAGAUAUUGCUAAUACUAUAAUAUCAUGUUCAUGUGGAAGUAACAUUUGUAAAAAGCAGUCAAAAACAAGGUCACCCAAUGUUAGUAAGGAGUCAAAUGUGGUUUGUUUGUGUCACCAUGAGUGUCAAUGUCCUGCGAUAUUAAAAAAGAUGGAGGAUAGUAAGAAAGCGAAGGAACUAAAACAAAAGACUAAAAGGUUGAAACAAAAACAAAAGAUGCAACGUAAGAAACAAAAGUCAAAUCGUAAGAACAAAGUAAACUCUGAUCUAUUACAAUUAUACAGUGAAACAUCCGAUACCAGACUGGUUGCAGACUCAUGCUUGGACCUAACCAAAAUGAGCGCCGAGAUUAUGUGGAACUUGAUGAAAGUGCCGUUUAAGGUCAUUUCUAACCCUAAAGAUAGCUUUGAGAAUUUUAAGAUGGCAUUGCGACACCCUACUGAUAUUAAAUGUCCUGAUGGUGUCACAACAAAAGCUAUUGGUAUCAAACAAAAAUUUGCUGCCAUGCGCAUGACCAAAAAUGCUAAGGACAUGUUGGAAAGUUUUACUGUCACAAAUUAUUUGAUUCAUGCAUUUGAUGAUGAUUCUACGAAGAGAUUGAGAGCAUUAAAAAGCAGAAAGCAAAUGAAGAAACGCGCACGAGAAGAUUUUGGUUGUAGCCCCUUUAUGGCGUCUUUGAGAAAGAGACCGUUCUUGUGGGUUUACGACAAGUGUCCCUCCUUCUACCCUCAAUUCAUAAGCCUGCUCAGUGGAUGGAGACAGUUUAUUGAUAUGCUGUUAUUUUUGUCAGCAAUUGUUGUUUGGAGUCCGUGUAUCUUUGGUAUAGAAUUGUGCCGAGCUAUUAUGUGUUGCUGUUUAUGUACAGGUUGA